AUGACAUUGACAGCACGAGCUUUUCCUCGUUCUCAAAACCAUCCUCACAUUCAUCAUCCCGCCCCACCCCCAUCCUCACGCUCCUUUCGAAACAUUCUCCGUCCCUCUAUACGACUGAAAACAACACUGUACACGCUCUCCCUCAUCAUCAUCCUAUUGGUCAUCCUAGCCCUCAAUGCCGGUGCUCAGCUGUCCAAACCAGAGGGUAUACCUCGACCGACGGAUAUCUCUCGCAGCGCGAUAGACGAGUCUUUAUCCGACACGGGAGAAGGGAGAGAAGUGGCCCAAGGGAAAGAUGCGCAUCUGAGGGAGGGAGAGAUUCAGAGGAGUUUUGAAGAGCCAGACUUUGCAUUGCUGAGUGGACUACAGCCGAGUCAGAUUGGUUGUGAUGUCCCGCUCAAGGGGGAAGGCUCAGGCAGUGAUGAGGGAGUGUUGGUGUUUUUGGGCAUCUUUUCAGCGGCAGGCAAUAAGGACCGCAGGGAUUUGUAUCGUCGCGUCAUCAUACCCGACUUUCCUCCGGACCUCGUCACCGUCAAGUUCAUCCUCGCCUCGCCAGCUUUGCCUGAAAACCCACUGUCGAGCGAGGCGGUGACCCGGUCCAUGGCCCUGCGAGAAAUUCAAGCGGAGAUGAGAGAACAUGGCGAUAUGGUCAUGCUGCCGAUCAUCGACAACAUCGAUUCUGGCAAAACCCACGAGUACUUUAAAUGGGUCGCGAAACAUUACGCAGGCCCAGGCAGAGUCAAGGGCCGGCCGAGAUUCGUCAUGAAAGCAGACGAUGAUACCAUUCUCGUGAUGCCCAAUGUCAUCUCAGCCUUCAGAAACCUAGACUGCGCGGACAAUAUCUACUGGGGAACAUCUGCAGGUAGAUCACACUACUUUUCAGAGUAUUUUAGGGGUCUUGCAUACGCCAUGAGCUGGCCAUUGGUAUCAUGGAUCGGCUCCGCGGACAUGCCUUAUGCCCACGUGAUCAAGAUUGAGGAUGCGAGGACGGGUCAGUGGUUGAGACAUCUGGAUCCAGUGACGGACCCGAUCCACCGGCUGGAUAUGGGCUGGACGAUGGGAGAUUGGAAUCAGUUGGAUAUCACAGUGGAGACGAUUGCGUUGCACUGGGUCAAGCUCGACGAAUGGGUCAUUGAACAACACCAACAUCUCCUCGAGGUCUGGUCAUCAGCUGGAAAAGACUAUUCUGCCACUUCUGGUGUACCACCCCGAGACAGCAUCGCCAAGGGCAAGAUCCUUCCAAAAGGCGCUUCGGAAGAACAUCAGAGACAAAAGGAUCUAGGAUGGGAUGUCGAUGGCAAUAUCGAAAACUGA